AUGCGGCGCCGAAGCACUUACAGAAUGUUCCGUCCCAAUUGCUUCAUCACAAAUCCAGCAGUGAAGCGCCACAGAAGUGGUUCGGAUGGUGCUGUGCUGCUCUGCACAAGUGGCACAUGUCCUGAGUCCUCGGCCGGACGGAGUCGGCAUGGAAAUCUUUUUACGCAUGUCGGCGCCGAGGAACGGAGGUUUUAG